AUGGCGCCAGUUGCUAAAGUUACUAAGAAGAACCUUGGAAACGUUGUCGUCAUUGGCGGCUGCGGCUUCCUCGGUCAUCACAUCGUCAACCAGCUCGUCGAUAGCUACACCUGCAAGGUGUCCGUCGUGGAUCUCCGCACUACACGCAACCGCCGCCCCGAAUCCGAUGGCGUCCAAUACUUCGACGCCGACAUCACCUCGCUCGAAUCUAUCGUUACGAUCUUCAAGAAGGUCAAGCCAGAUGUCGUAAUCCACACCGCCUCUCCCGUGGCCAUCGCCGAGACGGCCAAUUCCUUCCUCUACAAAGUCAAUGUCGAAGGCACCCAAUGCGUCAUUGACGCCUGCCGCGAGACCGGCGUCACCGCGCUCGUCUACACCAGCUCCGCCUCGGUCAUCAGCGACUCCGUCACUGACCUCAUCAAUGCCGACGAGCGCUGGCCCAUGCUCAGAGGCAAGUUCCAAACCGACUACUACGCCGAGACGAAGGGUCUGGCCGAAGAGGCCGUCCUGAAGGCAAACCACACCGGCCCCUCCGACCUCCUCACCGCCGCCAUUCGCCCCGCGGGUAUCUUCGGCGAGGGCGACGUUCAGAUGCUGCCCAAUAUGCUGGACUUGUACUACAACAACAAGACCAACUUCCAGGUCGGCGAUAACACGAACCUCUUCGACUUCACGUACGUCGGCAACGUAGCGCACGCACAUCUCCUCGCCGCGCACCUGCUCCUGGCGACAGCCAGGUUGUCCGUUAAGCCGCUCGACCACGAGAAGGUGGAUGGUGAGGCGUUCAUCAUCACCAACGAUGCGCCUAUAUACUUCUGGGACUUCCCGCGCCAGCUGUGGGCGAUUGCUGGCCACAAGAAGGGAACUGAGGGUGUGUGGACAAUUUCGAAGGAUGUCGGAGUGCCAUUGGCGACGGUGGUCGAGACAUCAUUGUGGUUGAUCGGAAAGAAGAGCAAGAUGACACCCAGGGGGAUACGGUUCAGCUGCAUGACGAGGUAUUACAAUAUUGCUAAGGCGAGGGAACGGUUAGGCUACAAGCCGAUUUUGACCACCCGUCAAGGAAUGGAGAGGUCUGUGAAGGCCUUUAUGGCGGAGAAGGAGAGCGCGGAAGCCAAGAAGACGCAGUGA